AUGAUUGAUGACUUUAUAAGUAAGCAAACAAGAAGCAGUCAAUUUCCUCAACCAGCUCUCAGUCUCGGUGGUCCAGGGGUGGACGCGCACGUUCGACACGAGGCUGGAGAAGCUGUCCUUUACGCCAAGUUCUUAAUAAACGAAGGCGCGCUGGUCACCGCCACCGCUGACGACCAGCUGCACCUCUGGACCUUUCGCCAGAAGUUGCCGCAGAGGGUGCAAUCACUCAAGUUCCAGAGAGAACGGAUUACCUGCCUGCACCUCCCGCUCCAGUCGAAGUGGAUGCAUGUGGGCACGGAGCGUGGGAACGUGCACGUAGUCAAUAUUGAGACCUUCGCUCUCAGCGGCUACGUGAUCAACUGGAACAAGGCCAUCGAAGUGACGAGACCGAACCACCCGGGGGCUGUGGUAGAAAUCAGCGAGAACCCCCUCGACGCAAGCAAACUGGUGAUCGCGUUCGAGUUGGGCCUGAUCGUGGUGUGGGACCUCCGCGCUCGCGCUGUCGAAUGGCGAGGUGCCUUGGGCACUGGUGGGGCGUCGGACGUGCGGGCCGCAGCCUGGCAGCACGACGGCAAGCUCAUGACCGCCCACGCUGAUGGUGCGCUGGCCACCUGGACAACACGGGCGCCAAGACCUUCCUCGCUCUCUUAUCCGCAUGCGAAGGCAAACAAAGAUGGAAAAUUGGAGCCUUGUAAACCCAUUCACAGAUUGGAAUGGAAAACUUCGAGAUCAGGGGAAAGUCUAAUAAUUUUCUCCGGUGGUCUGCCAACGGACAAAGCGGGCCGAACGCACAGCAUCACGGUGAUCAACGGCAAGAGCACCACCGUGCUUGAGAUGGAGCACAGCGUCGUGGAUUUUGUCACGCUCUGCGAAAGUCCACACGCCUCUGAAUACCAAGAGCCUUACGCGAUCGUGGUCCUUCUACAGAACGAUCUAGUGGUGAUAGACCUGCUGUCACCGGGCUACCCGUGCUUCGAUAAUCCUUACCCAAUGGACAUCCACGAGUCACCUGUUACUUGCUGUUCUUACUUUGCUGAUUGCCCAUCGGAUCUGAUCCCGGCAUUCUACUCAGUGGGGCGGCAGGUCAAUAAAAAGGUGGCCGGUUUCAGCGAGAAGCUAUGGCCCAUUGACGGUGGCGAAUGGGCUCCCGCCUCCUGCUCUUAUAGCGAGAUCAUACUUACUGGGCAUGCAGAUGGCAGUGUAAAAUUUUGGGAUGCGAGUGCAGGAACUCUACAGAUUUUAUACAAGUUAAAAUGUUCUAAAGUGUUCGAGCGGCGCGGUGGGGGGAGUAGUGGGGCGGGUGGGGGAGGCGGGUUCGGCGGGGAGGAGGAGGGUGCGCUGGCCAUCCAGCUGCUGGCGCUGUGCGCGGAGUCGCGCCGCCUCAGCGUGGCGCUGCCGCACGGUCACAUCGUGCUCUUCAAAUUCCGUAAGGCGGAGGCCACCGCCGAGACACACGUAUUAGAAAUUCCAAUUAUAUCGGACAUGCUAGAAGAAGAAACGUCACCAGAACAUGAAGGCAGCCGCUCAGCGUCAUUUAGCCGCGGAAGUGACGGCGGAGAAGGAGAAGGAAGAAGGUGCGGCAUGGGUACGGGUAGCGCGCUGCGCGUGCGCGGCGGCCUCGGCACGGGCGGUGCGCGGCGCGCGGCCGGCUUCCAGCCCGCGCUCGUCGCGCUGCAGCUUGGCCCGCCGCACCCCGUCGUCGCACUCACCAUCAACUCCUCCUACGGACUCAUGGCGUGGGGAGGUGAACGUGGUGUAGUGGUGGUUGAUAUGUUUCGACGUUGCGUGGUAGUUGCCUUGCCACCACACGCGCUCUACUUACCGGAACCCAGCGCGCGCCCGCACGAACGACAGCGCUCGCCCUCGCUCGAUCAGCUCGAAGAAGUACGCGCCUCGCCGGCAGCCAGCCCCGACCCGCCUGCCGACGAGCCCGACGACCGCGUCAAGCUCGAGCUCCGAAGAAAAUCUACAUCGUGGAAAACUUUUAAUCUCAAGCGACAGCUCUCUAAAGUAGAUCUCAAGUUUAAGUCCGCGUUCACCAUUCCCCCUGAGAGUAAUGUGGACGAAAUAACAGAAAAAGGCAAUUCGCAAUUUUAUUGCGAUCCCAGCGAAAAGACAGAAACCGAAAUAAAAAAAGAAGAUUCAAACUCAGAAUCGCCCGAUACCGUGGAAAAGGCGACCGAAGCUAUAGAGGAGGACAAAGAUCUCUCCUCACCUUUGAGGGUCUGCUCCGACGUGUUUGAAAGAAUGCAUAAGGAACUUCAGGAAAAGAGGUCAACUGACGUAUAUGACAGAAUGCACAAAGAGCUACAAGAAAGAUGGCAGGACAAAGAUAAAAUUGAGGCAUCGCUUGAACUUUCACCUUCCAAACUAGAGGAAGAAAAAGUCACAAGGCCUGACAACCUACCACUAUUCGAUGAAGAAGGUAAACCGACAAGACCUCCCCGACGGAAAAACAAAAAGAAAGAUGAAAGUAGAGAUCAAAGAGACCAACGAUUGCUGUCGGUUCCAAAUAUAAAAUAUAAUAAGCAAGAAUCAGUGCGUGAUCUAAGGAAGAGGCAGUCGACGAGCCAGCAGGUGCCGGCGUCAUUUGCCGGCAAUCUCAUGCGGCGCUUCAGAGAUUUUGUAGCGAGGCUUUGCACGAGGAACGAACAGAACACUGUGGAGCAAACGAACGAGGAAGUAAUUGAAGUGCCCAAGCGGAUAGGUAUGAACAUAGAUUACGGUUCACGUGGCACUAACUAA